GCCCGUGACGUCAUUCCAGAGGCGCCAAAUCCGCGAGAGACAAAACACAACACGACAGAGAGUUUUGUCACCGUCUAUGUAUAAAUUCGCUUUGUGCACAGCUGUGGGGUUUUUGUGCCACAUUAAGAGUUUCUUGCGAUAGCGUCAACUAUUAGUUUAGACAGAAAGCACUUGCGUAUUCUGGUAAUUAAGCCUGCUGGUAUGGACCUCAGCCCCUUUGAGACGGACAACUCGCUCAGCUGCAGACUGACCUCCGAGAUCCCGGAUGUGUGCCGGACUGAGGACUGCUGUCUGGGCAUUGACGAGGCAGGAAGGGGGCCCGUGCUGGGCCCCAUGGUGUAUGGAAUAUGUUUCUGUCCGGUGUCCAAAAAGCAGGAGCUGAAAGAAUCAAAAGUGGCAGAUUCAAAGACUCUAACAGAGGCAGAAAGAGAGAAUCUCUUCCAAAAACUGGAUGAAGCCAGAAGUUAUGUCGGCUGGGCUCUUCAGAUUCUCUCACCAAACACCAUCUCCACCAGCAUGUUGCAGAGGACGAAAUACAACCUGAACGCCCUUUCACAUGACACGGCUAUUGGUCUGGUCCAGUAUGCCUUGGACAGUGGAGUACAGCUCAAAGAGGUAUUUGUGGACACAGUCGGCCCAGCGGAGAAGUACGAGGAGAAGCUCUCAAAGCUCUUCCCAGGUAUCGAUGUGACCGUGAGGCCAAAGGCCGACUCCCUCUUUCCCGUCGUCAGUGCCGCCAGUAUAUGUGCGAAGGUGGCCAGGGAUCGCAUUGUCAAGGGCUGGGCCUUCACUGAGGACCUGGGAGAGGUGGACACAGACUACGGCUCCGGAUACCCUAAUGAUCCCAAGACUAAAGCGUGGUUGCUGAAGUACCUGGACCCAGUGUUCGGUUACCCUCAGUUUGUUCGAUUUAGCUGGAGCACUGCCCGAACCCUGAUGGACAGCAAGGGGGUGACAGUCCACUGGGAGGACGAUGACGAGGACGGGGAGAAGUCGGCCCAGCGACAGAACAACAAGUCCAUGUUGGCUUACUUCAGUGCUGGAGGUAACGAGCAAAAACCGGCCCAGCAGACGCACCGCUUCUUCAGCGAGCGCAGGCUGAAGAGCCUCGCCGCGCUCUGAAGACUAAACGACAGUGGACAUCACAAUCGGGAGCUUUGAGACAUGAAACUCUCCAGACAUUCUGUGUUGGUGUCACCUUUGCAGAUGUUUAUUGGUUCUGUUUGUACCAUUUUAUUUUUUUCUUCAAACUUUAUAAAACUCUCUUUUUGGUAAGAGCGCUGGUCUUAAAGUUCUAAACAACACGUGAAGCAAAAAGGCAUUGUUGUGGAAGCAGUUGCACUCUUCAAUGCUAAUACUGCCCUCUAGUGGCGUCACAGUAAAACACAACAGGGUUUGAAAAGGCUCUUAAACACUUUGAUUACGUCAUGGAUCUAAACACGACGUUAUGUGUUGUCUUACAUUAACGGAUGCAAAAGUAUUAUUAGAAUUAUGACAAAGUGUAGAAUGAAAACCACCCAGGACAGCUGGUUCUAUCGACACUGACAUGGCUGCACAUGGACCGCAGCUCAUAUUGUGUGUGUAGCAUCAAAGACAAGGAGUACAAACAUGCAUUACUUACAUUUUUGGUUUUUGUCAUUUAACAGAAGAAGUGACUAAAGAGAUCGUAGUGAUUAUAACUGAAAACACAUCAGUCAACAUUUACCGGCAAGCACCAAAACAAUGAGUUAUGUUUUUCUAACAGAGCCCUUCCCUCACUAAGAUAAGUCGUGCAGGGAAGUCUAGCUUUAGUGUUAACCAACGAGUAGAGUUUUUUUUCAUUAUAUUCUGUCAACACGAUAGACAGAACUUCAAUAUCUCAUGUCUCUGAACCGCCGGCACCAGACAUCCUUAAAUUAUCUUAUUUUCUAUUAUUUACAGCUUCUUAGCUGUUGCGUAGUGUUUAACACUACGAGUAUGACGGUAUCACUGCACGCGGUUCCCUGUGUAAACGCAGUAUAGUCCGGUGAGCACCGUCUCCUCAG